GUUAGGUUUGCCAAUUUAGAAAGCGAAAAGCAGUCUUUAAAAAUUCUCUCUAAUCUUCUCCCUUCCUUAUCUUCUCAAAAACCCCAAAUUUCUCUAACUGUAAAUCAAUGGCGAAUCCGACCCGAAGACCCGUACUCCGAGCUCACUCUCCUUCCGGAAGAUUCUACACCUCGCCGUCGUCAAACUCGUUUGCUUCCUCCACCUCCGCCUUCUCGUCGAGCCCGUCGUCGUUCUUUCAGAACCGAUCUGCGUCACCUACACGUGUCAACGUAUUCGGAUCAUCUCCAUCGGCGUCGAAUAUACGAUUUUCUCUCGACAAUCGUCAAAUUUCUCCGAGUCGUUCGAUCUCUGUAAUUCCGAGGAGUAAUAAUAGUAAUCAAGCGUCGAAGAAGCAGUUGGAUAAACCGAGGAGGAUGUGUAUGUGUUCGCCUACUUCGCAUCCAGGUUCGUUUAGGUGCAGCUUGCAUAAAAACUCUAACAGCAAUCACACUCCGGUGUCGUAUCCUUCGAAUCGACUCAACGCGAGGAGGUCCGCAAUGACAAACUCGUUGGUACGGAUUGGCACUGUUGAAGGCGGUGAUUUGGUCAAGAGAGCUCUUGCGGCGUUGAUUCGGCCGUCGUCUCAUCAGCAGCGACGGAGAACUUGUUUUCAACCGACGCUUAGUCGUUUAUCUUCCAUGACUAAAGUCUAAAGCUUGAUGAUUUGUGAUUUUUUGAAUCUCGUUUGAGCUCUCUGGAGCUAAUCAUGGUGGUGGUGAAUCAGAUCCCGGCGAGUCGGUGGCGGUUGAAGAAGUCGGGACGGACGGUUUUUUUUAAAUUCCGGUUACCGAAAGAAAUCCUGAACUGGAUAAUAGAUUCCUCUUGUGUCUGUAUAUACUUAUAGAUGAGAAUAUAUGAAUAUCAUCGGUUGCUGCCAUUAAUGGCUAA